GCGGGGUGAGAGGUCAGCAGAGCGCCGGUUGGCAGAGGCUGCAAUGGUGGGCCUCUGGGUGUGGACGGCGGUGGUGGUCGCGGCCGGACGGCGUGGGCGGCGAUGGUCGCAGCCGCUGAUGCGGAGCACAGCGCUGUGUACCCUGAAGCGUGUUCCACACUACUCAAGACAGCACUUAAUGGUGUCCCGUAGUCUCUGUUCAGCUGGAUAUGAUUCUAAUGAAAAAACUUUUGAUAAAAUUCUUAUUGCUAAUAGAGGAGAAAUUGCAUGUAGGGUUAUUAAAACUUGCAAGAAGAUGGGCAUUAAGACGGUUGCCAUCCAUAGUGAUGUUGAUGCUAGUUCCGUUCAUGUGAAAAUGGCGGAUGAGGCUGUUUGUGUUGGCCCAGCUCCCACCAGUAAAAGCUACCUCAACAUGGAUGCCAUCAUGGAAGCCAUUAAGAAAACCAGGGCCCAAGCUGUACAUCCAGGUUAUGGAUUUCUUUCAGAAAACAAAGAAUUUGCCAAAUGUCUGGCAGCAGAAGAUGUCGUUUUCAUUGGACCUGACACACAUGCUAUUCAAGCCAUGGGUGACAAGAUUGAAAGCAAAUUAUUAGCUAAGAAAGCAAAGGUUAACACAAUCCCUGGCUUUGAUGGAGUAGUCAAGGAUGCAGAUGAAGCUGUCAGAAUUGCAAGGGAAAUUGGCUACCCUGUCAUGAUCAAGGCCUCAGCAGGUGGUGGUGGGAAAGGCAUGCGAAUCGCCUGGGAUGAUGAAGAGACCAGGGAUGGUUUUAGAUUUUCAUCUCAAGAAGCUGCUUCUAGUUUUGGUGAUGAUAGACUACUAAUAGAAAAAUUUAUUGAUAACCCUCGUCAUAUAGAAAUCCAGAUUUUAGGUGACAAACAUGGGAAUGCAUUGUGGCUCAAUGAAAGAGAGUGCUCAGUUCAGCGAAGAAAUCAGAAAGUGGUGGAGGAAGCACCAAGCAUUUUUCUGGAUUCUAAGACUCGAAGAGCAAUGGGAGAACAAGCUGUAGCUCUUGCCAAAGCAGUGAAGUAUUCCUCUGCUGGAACCGUGGAAUUCCUUGUGGACUCGAAGAAGAAUUUUUAUUUCUUGGAAAUGAAUACAAGACUCCAGGUUGAGCAUCCCGUCACAGAAUGCAUUACCAGCCUGGAUCUAGUCCAAGAAAUGAUCCGUGUUGCCAAGGGUUACCCUCUCAGGCACAGACAAGCUGAUAUUCCCAUCAACGGCUGGGCAGUUGAAUGUCGGGUUUAUGCUGAGGACCCCUACAAGUCUUUUGGUUUACCGUCCAUUGGGAGAUUGUCUCAGUACCAAGAACCAAUACAUCUACCUGGUGUCCGGGUUGACAGCGGCAUCCAACCAGGAAGUGAUAUUAGCAUUUAUUAUGAUCCAAUGAUUUCAAAACUGAUCACAUAUGGUUCUGAUAGAACUGAAGCACUGAAGAGAAUGGAAGAUGCACUGGAUAAUUACGUUAUUCGAGGUGAAAACAAACCCUUAGGACACAAGUUAACAGAGAGUGAGAGAAACCAAUUAUUGGCAAUAGCAUCAUCAUUGUUCGUGGCAUUCCAAUUAAGAGCACAACAUUUUCAAGAACAUGGAAAUGCAAGAGUGCCUAUUAUUAAACCACAAGUGGCUAACUGGGAGCUGUCAAUAAAAUUGCAUGAUGAAGUUCAUACUGUCAUAGCAUCAAACAGUGGGCCAACAUUCUCUGUGGAAGUUGAUGGGUCGAAACUAAAUGUGACCAGCACGUGGAACCUGGCUUCACCCUUACUGGCUGUCAACGUUGAUGGCACUCAGAGGACGAUACAGUGUCUUUCUCGAGAAGCAGGUGGAAACAUGAGCAUUCAGUUUCUUGGUACAGUGUAUCAGGUGCAUAUCUUAACCAAACUGGCUGCAGAACUGAACAAAUUUAUGCCGGAAAAAGUGGCCGAGGACACAAGCAGUAUUCUGCGCUCCCCGAUGCCUGGUGUGGUGGUGGCCGUCUCUGUCAAGCCUGGAGACAUGGUAGCAGAAGGUCAGGAAAUUUGUGUGAUUGAAGCCAUGAAAAUGCAGAACAGUAUGACAGCUGGGAAAACUGGCAAGGUGCAAUCAGUGCAUUGUAAAGCUGGAGACACAGUUGGAGAAGGGGAUCUGCUCGUGGAACUGGAAUGAAGUAUUUAUAGCCUUUCAGUCAUCACCCAAUUUAAUUAGCCAUUUGUAUUAUUAUUCUUUCACACUCAAUUUAUUCACGCGUUUUGCAGGAACACCCCUGUGCAGCAGAUUUUACAUGGUCAUAUUUAUUCCACAUAUAGUCAAAACCAACAUUCUGCCAAAAAAUCACCAAUGGAAAUUUUUAUUGAUAUAAAUACUUGUACAUAUGAUUUGUACUUCUGCUGUGAGAUUUCCUAGUGUCAAAAUUAAAUCAAUAAAGCUGAGCAUUUGUCUAAAUA